CAUCCGUUGCAUUUUGGACCAGAGAUCGGUCGGCUUCCCCUCCUCCUCUCCAAUCAGUCUCCGGCCACUCCUCAUCCGCAUUAAACUUCUUCAAUUCCAAUUCUCCGAUCAACAUCCGUAUAGGCGAUUGAGAAAUAACGAACGAUGAGUCAGGUAUUCGAAGGGUACGAGCGUCAAUACUGUGAACUAUCGGCUAAUCUUUCCCGGAAAUGCACGGCAGCGUCUGCCCUUAAUGGAGCAGAGCAGAAGAAGCAGAAACUUUCUGACAUCAAAGAUGAACUUGAUGAAGCUGACACAUUGAUUCGGAAAAUGGACCUUGAGGCCAGGAGCUUACAGCCAAAUAUAAAGGCAACCCUUCUUGCCAAGUUAAGGGAAUAUAAAACUGAUCUGAACACUUUGAAAAAUGAAGUUAAGAGAAUCUCAUCGACUAAUACCAACCUUGCGGCACGAGAUGAGUUGCUGGAGUCAGGAGAUGCUGAUGCAUUAAUGGUAUCAAAUGAUCAAAAAGGAAGACUGUUGAUGUCAACUGAGAGGUUAAACCAGUCCGCUGACAGAAUAAAAGCCAGUAGAAAAACAAUGCUGGAGACCGAGGAGCUUGGAGUCUCUAUCCUCCAAGACCUGCAUCAACAACGCCAAUCCCUACUCCAUGCCCAUCAAACGCUCCAUGGGGUGGAUGAUAACAUCAGCAAAAGCAAGAAGAUUUUGUCAUCAAUGUCAAAAAGAAUGAGCAGGAAUAAAUGGAUUGUUGGCUCCUUUAUCAUAGCUGUGGUCCUAGCAAUUCUAUUGAUCUUAUAUUUUAAGCUGACUCGCUAGCCUGCUCUCCUUGUUUUCCGGCAACACUACGCGUCACACUUAGUCAUCUCUCAUCUCAGUCUCCUGCGUUUCGGAAAUACUACCUUAAGUUCGUCGUUGGCAAUAGCUGUCUUUUAUUUUCCUUCUAUAACGUGUACCAAUUUUCAAGCUAUGAAAUAAUUCUCGUGUCCAGUUUCUUCGCUCA